AUGUCCCUUACAUUGGGGGUCAGUGGGAAGAAUGUCCCUUACAUUGGGGGUCAGUGGGAAGAAUGUCCCUUACAUUGGGGGUCAGUGGGAAGAAUGUCCCUUACAUUGGGGGUCAGUGGGAAGAAUGUCCCUUACAUUGGGGGUCAGUGGGAAGAAUGUCCCUUACAUUGGGGGUCAGUGGGAAGAAUGUCCCUUACAUUGGGGGUCAGUGGGAAGAAUGUCCCUUACAUUGGGGGUCAGUGGGAAGAAUGUCCCUUACAUUGGGGUUCAGUGGGAAGAAUGUCCCUUACAUUGGGGGUCAGUGGGAAGAAUGUCCCUUACAUUGGGGGUCAGUGGGAAGAAUGCUCCUUACAUUGGGGGUCAGUGGGAAGAAUGUCCCUUACAUUGGGGGUCAGUGGGAAGAAUGUCCCUUACAUUGGGGGUCAGUGGGAAGAAUGUCCCUUACAUUGGGGGUCAGUGGGAAGAAUGUCCCUUACAUUGGUGAUCAGUGGGAAGAAUGUCCCUUACAUUAGGGGUCAGUGGGAAGGAUGUCCCUUACAUUGGGGGUCAGUGGGAAGAAUGUUCCUUACAUUGGGGUCAGUGGGAAGAAUGUCCCUUACA